GAACUUAUACCAAAAGGAGAAGCAUGUUGAAGUCAGGGAUGGUAGAUAAUUGAGUCGGCUGAUCGAUUAUUAACGACGGGGGAUGACUUUAGGGUUCAUCGAUUGCUUCCAUGGAGAUUCCUAAAAUCUCAAAGGUUGACAAGCUAAUCGCCGAGCCGAGGAUGAAGAAGAAGAGAAUGAAACCUGAAUCUCUCACAUCUCUUAACAAUCUCGAUGAUGGUUGCCUCAUGCACAUCCUCAGCUUCCUCUCUCCGAUUCCUGAUAGGUAUAACACAGCACUCGUUUGCCACAGAUGGAGAUAUCUGGCUUGUCACCCUCGCUUGUGGCUACGAGUCGACCCUUUCGUGAAGGAUUUAUCCCUCCCUGGAGUUUUCCACAGCAUUGAAUCAGCUGUGUCUGCUGCCAGACCUGGCGAUACCAUUUUAAUAGUGGCUGGUGGAAGUCAUCGCGUUUCCAAUAUUCAGAUUAAAAAGCCCCUUUGUCUGAUUGGUAGUGGCGAGAUUCCUGAUGAAACCACCCUUGUAUGUUCUAGAGGAUCAGACAGUGCCCUGGAGUUGCUAUCAACCUGCAAGCUAGCGAAUCUAACAGUAAAAGCCGAGCUUGGCUGCUGCUUGCUUCACAGGAGUGGAAGGCUAACGAUUGAUGGAUGUGUGCUUCAAUGUGAAACAAACCCUUUGGAUCAUCUUUCAUGCCCAAUUGUGAGCACUGCUGGAGGAGAUGAAGAAGAUAACUUGAGCCGCCAUGUGGAAGUUAAGGAAACUGUUGAUGAAAAGAUUAAGGGAAACAGUGUGACUGUUUUGCAGACAAGGAUUGAGGGAGGUGCAAAGGCUGUUGCUACUAGCGGAGACUUGGUAUUGCAGCGUGUUCGAGUCAUGUACUCGAAGGAUUACCUCUAUUUCUGGUUUGAUGUAGAUCAGGAGUGAGAGUGAUCUCUCUGUUGUAUGUUAGAUUAAUUACUUGCACCUUUUUCUUCAACCUGCAACAUUUGUAACAUUAGGUGGGAUGGUGGUCAACUGGCCAUCUAUCAUUAUUAUCUCCUUUGUUCUUUAUUGUUACUUUUUCUUUUUAAAACAUAAUGUGUAUGAUUAUGUUAAGAAUAAUGUACUUAACAUAAUCAUAUAAAAAUAAUACAUAGUUUUUUCAAAUU